CCUCCACUCCACUCCUCUCCUCUCACACCGCCCCUCACUCCCGUCUGCACCGUCAAUGUCUCCACGCCUCACCGUCUACUGAACUGUAGCCCGGCGAGAGGAAAUGAGGCAAAUUGGUUUAUAUACUCCAGAGUUAGGAAAAGUAAAAGUUUCCAUUGGUUGAGUCCUAAGAGAGUACUGACCAACUUCGGUUGUCUUUGGGAAUGGCUGCCAGCGAGACAGAGUCUGCCGACGAUAUAUGGGAAAGGAUAUGUUCUGCACUGCCAGCUCAGAUGAUGGACGUGAAUGAAACCAAUUCCCCAGUCAAAGAAUGCUUCCCAGAAUCUUUCUCUGAAAUAUUCAGCCCAAUUCCAGUCACGGAGCCAGACGUAGAUUUGAUGAACAACAAGAAUCAUGCAGAGGGAAUCGAUCCUUGGGCUCCCAUGGCUGAUUCACAGCAAUAUCUGGCAAUGUUGGAAAAUCGCCUGAGGAAAUUGAAGGGUAUGAAUGAAGAGCCAAGUUCAAAAGGGAUGCUAAGAAGCCUGUCACAGGCAAAGAAAGAAUGCUGGGAUCGGUUCCUGCAUGAGCAGUAUAUGUCAGAGAUGUACAGCGAUGGAUAUGAGAUGGACCAGAGUGCCAUGGACUAUUUCAAGCGGUGGGUGCAGCCAGACAGAGUUCCCGUCAACACAGAGGAGGUUCAGUAUCUGAUCAGCCCUGAAGGGCAAUCUGAGAGCCAGGAGAAGCCUGAAGGCGAGAGCUGCUCUUCCUGUGAACAGUAAUGACCAAUGAUGCUGUCUGCCCUUUGAAAGCUGGCUCAGGCCAGAGCUGAGCCGAGCAAUGACCAUCAUCCAAACACAGAAAUGUUGAACUGCUUAAUGUAACAUUGAACACCAGCUGCAAAUGCAAAUAAUGAACCUGAAUUGUCCCAGCAGCUGGAUCUAGUACUUUAAUUUGUCUCACGUGCAUUUUAAAUAGGGGGUCACACCCAGAGUUUCCUCAGGGCCCCUCUGCCCCCACCAGUGUAACUGACAGUAAUCACCUUGACCCACUUCUGUCUGUGGAGCAUGAAAGGCCUGAGAGGAAUCCAGGAGCUUAAAGGGAUUUGCUGCUGCGUGAUGUACCUUAUCCUGAUGACCUAUGUACCCCUCACUGCAUGAGUGCACCUGUAUUGAACAGAAUUACAGGCGAUUCAGAAAGCUUGCAGUUGAGGAGCGUAACAUUGCAUGCCUCACUGAUAAUACAUUCAUUCAACAGCACACAUUCUCCUUCCCCCAUCUCAGUAUUUAAAUAUUGUACAGAGCCCAACAAACACCUUGGCCAUCAAAUGUUGAAUGUUCUUGAGCUUUUCCACUUCAGUUGGAGAGAGUGAAAUGAAUCAUUGUUUAGGUUUCAGGGAUGAAACUCUCCUGUACUCCUUUUCAGUUAUAUUGUUUCCUUUGAGUGGCAGUCCUUGAGACCUGAUUCAUUCCUGAUGUCCCCAGUGACAUUCUGCUUACUUGGAUGUCCCUCCACACUGGACCCGGCUGCAUUGCUCUUGCAGAGGGACCACUGACUUAGCCUGGUUUCUCUGUAUUGGGAAUAUGGCAGCUGCCAAUCCCUUAUGGAUCACCUGUUUCCAGCUGUUUACUCUGGAGGGGUGCUAACCAUUCUGUACUUAAUUCUGUAAGUAUGAAUGUUUUUAUCUCUCUACCAUAUCUCCACUCACUAACCUGUCUCUAUCAAAACACCCCCAUCAAAGUCUUCAGUAGCCUCCACCUUCCUGUGCCCAUCCCUGCCGCUUUUAGUAUAUGCCGAGGGAUUCUGUAACCCUUUGACUCCCACAUGAAAUGCUCUGGGCUGCUGAAUGAUGCUGAGCAGGGCAAAUCAUAGAACAAUGGAAUCAUAGAAUUGUUAUGGCACAGGAGGCCUUUUGGCCCAUUGAGCCCAUGCUAACUCUUUGUGGAGCAAUCCAGUUAAUCCCAAUUCACUACUCUUUCCCAUAGCCUUAUUUCUCCUAUCCUGUUCCCUUUAGAAAGCCCCGAUAGACUUUUUCUCCACUGUUCUGCAGCCAGUGUCUUCUAAAUCAUUGCCUCUGUUGGUGUAAAAACAAUCUCACAUUCAGUCCAUGCCUUUGUGCCCAUCCUUUUAAAAUCUGUGCCUCUGGUCCUUGAGUGACACAUAUAGAAAUAAUACCCUAUUUAAACCUUUCCCUGAAGCAGAUGCAGGGGCAUUGUCAGGCCCCUGUCCCAACCACAUCUAAUUCAGAGGUUAAUAUCUGGAUGUUAAACCUUUGCUCAGUGAAUGUGUUACAAAUGCCACUGAGCUGGACAGUGCUUUUCAGCUAAAGCGGUUUACAGCACAGAAGGAGACCGCUCAGUCUGUGUUUACUACAUCCUUUGGCUUACAUUCCCUGCUUUCUCUCUAACAGCACCAUAAAUCUGUGGUUUGUUAUUUAACCUGGUGCUAAAGUACUAUUAUAACAUGUGAUUUUUAUUUUAAAGGGGAAAGGAUAUAUUUAAAGGAGACAAUUUUCAUCUAGCACCUGUUAGACCAAGCUAUGAAAUGUAUUGAGUAGUUCCAUUUCUGCUGAGACUAGUGAUGAAACUGCCCCCACACAGAUUCGUGCUUUGCUAGUAAUGAAGCUGGAGCACAGUUAGACCCUGUGUAAUGAAAGAGUGGGCUGCCCUGCUCCACCUGACAGGUAUGUAAGGUUUGGACAAAAGCAAAAUAUGCAGGACAUAUAAAAUCAGUGGGAAUAUUCAGCAGGUUAGCUAGUAUCUGAUGUGAGGGAAAUAAGAGUUAAAGUGAGAGAAUUAACAGUAGAUUGGGAAAGAACAGAUGAUUAACUGACAGAUGAUUCAUUACACAGGUCAAUGUGCUGAUAACUGUCCCCAUUGAGCCAUUUUGACCCAUCCCACCACAGAUUGUCCUACAUAUCCCUCCCUGAUCUCUUCUGCUGAAAACCAACUUGCAUCUCCCUCUUUCCCAGUUCUGAUGAAGGGUCACAGCCCCAAAAAUGAUGACUGUUUUCCUUUACACAGUUGUGGUCUAACUUGCUGAGUUUUGCCAGCAUGUUCUCUUUUGUUUCAGGUUUCCGGCAUCUGCAGUUGUUUUGAUUUUGAUUAAUUCUUUUUCCCCAGCUGUUUGGUAUCAACCUCGUGAAUUGUUUUUGAACUUCUCUGGUGCCUCUACAUCCUUUUCAUUAAUAGAGAGACCAAGGCUCCAGGGUAAUAACUUCUCCCCCUUUGAAAUGUCCCUCUAAAACUAUACACCAGUAUUAAUGAUUUCAUUAAGAUUGUAGCUAUAUUUAAUGAGUUGUGAAUUAAUUGCUUGUCUCUACAAUGUAUUUUUGGAAAAAAGAAACGGAUGAUGUCUCCUAUUAGAUGACUGGGAACCAUAUUCAAAGUGUGAGCCUUCAGGAUAGUGAGAAAUUGAUGGAGGUUAGAUACAGUAAACGAGGAAGAAGUGAGACAGGCUAAAACUGCAUUGAUUCACCCCACCUGCAGGUGUCAUCAUACUCCAUGGAAUUGAAGGAAGCCUCGCGUUCCACAUACAGAUUCAUUAAAAAUAGUAAGGUUAGUAAACAUGCAAACCUAGCACUGGGGUUCAUUUCUAUGGAAUGCCAUUCAAAAGCAGAGAAAUUGUCACAUUUAUCUAGGGUUUUGGUCUCCAUGUUUAUGAAUAAAGACUAUGGAGACGUCAAGGAAGGCGCAAAAACGAUUUUCAAGGAUAGCCCCAGAAUUGAAAAAUACAUUUGUAAAGAAAGACUGAACAGGCUGGAAUCCCUUACUCUAGAAAACGAAAGGCUGAGGGGUGACCAGGUAGAGGUUGUUCAAAAUUAUGCAAUGGUUUGAUGGAUUUGAUGUUUCCACUUCUGGGGUGUCUAGGUCCAGGGGAUAUAAAUACAUCAAAGAAUUUUCAGUGGGUCAGACUGGAGAGGCUGAGGUGGUUGUUUUUGGAGCAUUGAGAGGAGGUUUGAUGGAGGUGUGCAAAAUCAUGACUGAUUUAGGUUGGGUAAGGAGGGGGUUACACUAUUAUGUUAGCUAAUGGUCCAAGGACCAGCCUUUGUAAACAUAACAUUUUGACAAAAGGUAAAAGGGAGACAUGGGUAAAAUCAUAUUUACCCGGAUAUGAUCUAGAACUCAAUGCUUGUGGGGAAUGGUGGAGACACCAUCAGUCAGGGCUUUCAGAGGAGAAUUGGAUAGCAUAUGAGAAUAAUUUGCAGGACUGUGGGGAAAGCAGUUUGACACAUUGAGAUCUGUUGCAUGGAUCCUUCCUCUCAGUCAAUAUAGAUAUCUCAUUCAGAAGCUGUGCAAAAGAUGCUAUUAUUGGCUUGUUAUAAGAUAUCUUUAUUAGUAACAUGUACAUCGAAACACACAGUGAAAUGCAUCUGUUGCAUAGGGUUCUGGGGGCAGCCCACAAGUGUCACCACGCUUCCGGUGCCAACAUAGCAUGCCUACAACUUCCUAACCCCUACGUCUCUUGGAAUGUGGGAGGAAACCGGAGCACCCGGAGGAAACCCAUGCAGACACGGGGAGAACGUACAAACUCCUUACAGACAGUGGCUGGAAUUGAACUCAGGUCGCUGGCGCUGUUCUAUAAUGAGAUUGGACCCUCAACAGAAACUCCUGCACUUUCCACACCACCACUGGACUCAUUAACAGUAACAGGUUUGUCCUCAUCACAACUUACAGCCACGUCCUCCUCAUCAGUAUUCCCACCUUUAUUAAGAAUCCUAUCUUCUAAUGUUGCAUGUCUUGUCGCAAAGACAACUGUGUGUCAUCUACCUAAGAUUUGUGCAUUAGCUUUAAGUGUCAAAGUUUUCAUAGCCUUUCUCCUUCUUCCUCAGACCAAGUAGAUAUGGGUUGAUCUCUAUUACCAACUAUGAUAGUGUCACCACCGGAACUAUUUAAUAAAUUCCACCUGAAGCUUUCUGACUGAUUUUUGUUGAAGAAUCCACACCACACUGAACAGUAGAAAGAUCCAGCUCUUUCCUGUCCAAUAAUAACCUCAUUCUGCUUAACCGUGUCAACCCUACCCCUUGCAUAAUCUCACACAAUAACAUGAUGUUUAUUGAUCUUAUCACAUCUCGAACACAACCUUAAUCAGAACAUCAGGAUGUUUUCUUUCAUAAUGUUUAUAAAAUGGUCUGAAUGCUAUGAACUCAAUACACAGUUCACAACUAGUGGGGUAUCGAUGGGCUGAAUGGCCUAAUUCUGCUCUUAUAUCUUAUGGUGUUACAACAACUUCUGUUAUAAUAUUUAUAUGAGAGCCAUUGUGGAAGGUGGACUCAAGCCUCUCACAACAUAAAACAGAUUUCUUAAAAUUAACAUCUCAGUCUUUAAAAUCAUCCAUUAAAGCUAUCCUUGGGCUAGUUAAAAUGUUAAACGCAGUUUUAAAGUAUAUCCUCACUCUGCCUGGGUUAUCCUUUUUAUUCAAUCCUUCUCACUCUCCUUGUCCUCAACACCCAUGUUAUGCAGGUACCAGAGUAACCCAAAGAGCUAAAAUCCUCUCAGCUACAAUAAAUAGUUUGUAUUGAUGAUAUGAUGGCCAGCCUAGCUGGGUUUAAGAAGGACUGUCCACAGUAAGUGCAUUUAUCACCUGGGGUCCCUGUGAAGACCUCACCAGGGGAGGUAUUCUUUCUCCAGGACCUAUACCAUCCAGAUCUCAGUGCCCCACUUGAGAUUGCUUGCCAGCAGUGUCCUUAAUGUUAGGCUAUACAAUGCACUGUACCCAACAAACUACUAGCAAGCCCACUUAGCUGGCAAAGCCAUUUGCCUUGGAGGAACCAGAUGGAGAUGGGACUAUGUGAUUAUGAAGUACAGUUCACCAUUCCUCACUAACAAUAUUCUGCUGGGUGGAUGAUGCACACCUGCCAAUUCACCAAUUCCUUUCCUCGGAGGAAUAGGACUGGCGCAGUUUGUUCUGCCAGAAGCUAGUAUGGACAAUGGACUGAAUAGCCUCUUGUGCCAUAACAAUUGCAUGAUUCUAUAAUAAAUCCAGUGGGCAAUUCAGAAGAAACAUAUUUACCCAGGCUGAUU